AUGGCUGGCAGCGAACAGACCCCGGCCGAUGAACUCGACUCCCCUCCGAACUCGCGCGAACGACCUUGGCUUCUUCCAUAUAACCGGAAGCUGAGGCAUCUCCAAGGCAUCACCGUCCGCAACCUCACCCUAGCCCCCACACCUUCCCGACCCCGCGGCAAGACCAUUGACGACGAUGCAAUACCAAGCACCCUCAAAUCGCCGACUAAGACAUUGGCGUUGCGCGAGAGUAGGGGACUAAAUCAUUCACGAUCUUCAAGCGAUCUCCAAGGCCACGACGGCAACAAUGACUCUUCCCAAGGUUCAUCGCCAAAGAAGCCGCAAAGGCCCGGCAUAUCGAAAGGGCUACGUAGGAGGAGCACAUUGGAGUGGAUGGGCGCGAACCCUCUGACCAGGCAAAAGAAGCUAGAAGAUAUCACCGACAGUCGCAUGGCCGACACUUUUUUCACGAUCCACGUGGAUAGCCAGGAAGAACCAGUAUAUAUAUCCGAAGUGGCGGAGAGGGCCAUGAACCCCAACUUCCGUUUCUUCGACCUCACGUCGUCCGGCCCCAGUGUCACGCGACUUGACAAACUCACCAUAAAUGUGUGGGCGAAGAACGACACGGACAGCUGGCAACACUUGAUUCACUUCACGGCCCACUUGGGAUCACUACAAUUUAUUGGCAAGACUCUUGGGAACUUCAGACAUCCGUUACCGCAGAAUUGCAUCCUCAUCCAUAUGACGGAUGGCAUUUACACCAGCUUCACCGACAUGCCGGUCGCAGACCAGCUUCGCGCCAACGAUCUCGCGCCGCCGAAGGAAAAUUCCGAGGGCACACUCACGAGCUCUUCAUACGAUGCCAUCAUGCGACUGAACACGCUGGACGAUUGCAUUCAAGACGCGUUGGCGACAAGGGAUCGACUGGCAGAAGAGAUAGAGAAUAUACUAUUGGAGAAUCGAGAAGCAAUUGAUUCUGUGGAGCAAGUGCCGGAGGCUGAAGAACGUGCAAAGACAGUUGAGGCCGCUGUGGUCUCUGAGAGACGCCGGGUUGAGGCUGCCCGGAAAAAGGUGGAGGACAAGAAAGCUAACACACAACGCCGAAGAGAGCUCAUGCAAAAGGGCCGGGAGCUGCAGUCUGAGAAGGAGAAGGAAAUGGUAGAAGAGAGAGCAAAGCAUGUAGCAUUGAAGGAGUCCAACGCCCAGAUACAGGACGAGAUCGCCGGACAACGAAGAAGACUAUGCGAGGACCUCCAAAGUGUAUAUCCGAUCGAACCCGUCAGGGGAAAGGCACUGUUAUUCACUAUCCGUGGUCUUCCGCUACCGAACUCCGAAUUCGAAGACGCCAAAGAGGAUGUGACCUCCGCAGCACUGUGCUAUGUUGCGGAAAUGGUGUCACUGCUAUCGCUCUACUUCGAUAUGCUACUACCGUACCCUAUCAAGGUCAAUGGAUCUACAUCUACCAUUGACGACCCUCUCGCUAUGAGUACCGCCAAGCAUCCUGGACCCCGCACCUACCCGCUGUUUAUGAAAGCCGUAGUACGCUAUCGUUUCGAGUACGGCGUCUUCCUUCUGAACAAGAACAUUGAGAUUCUAUCCAACAAUAUAGGCAUCAAGCCUCUCGACAUUCGACAAACUCUGCCGAACCUCAAGUACCUACUGUUUGUGGCGACAGCGGGCAAGGGCGAGCUGCCUUUGCGUAAAGCGGGCGGCAUCAAGGGCUUGCUAAGGCAGCAGGGUGUACUGUCACGCACAGCGAGCAUGGACAGCACCGGAACUGCUAGCAGCGUUAGUACUGCUGUAGCUGAACCAAAGCCCAGAAUAGAGAUGCGUGCUAAUGGGCGAGAACAGGCGAAGCCAUCCGGAUCCGACGAGAACCAUAUGAGUUUUGUUGGUGGAUUGCAGAAGAAGGGGAACGGUGUUCUACCUGGGAGCCCGCUCAGGGAGGUGGGAUGA